CACAUUAAUAAUUGACUUAUAAGUUACGAGUCAGAUGAAAUGGCAGUUGGUAUUUAUUGACUAAUGUCUGGAUGAUUUAAUGCAUUGAGAUAAUGUCAAAGACAGUGUAGAUAAAAACCUCAAUCUUAAAUAACAGCCACUAAGAUAAGCACAUAUAUAUAUAUUGAUAUAUGUAUACAUCAAACAAGGAAAUAAUACAAUAAUGUGCUUGACAAAUAUACAGAAAGGAGUAACAAUUACCUAUGCAUUACAAAGCAGUCACUUAUUUAGUAAGACGUUAAUUUCAACUAGAUUUAAGUAUAGUCUUGGUUGGAAAGAUAACCAUGUCGGGUAUCAUACCUCGCUGCGAUGAUCAAAAAGACAUGGAAGCCGUUUCUAUAUUGGAUAUGGACACAGAGGGCGAAGGGUUUCGAUUGAAAUGUGAUGUUUUUGAAGAAAUAUUCGAAAACGUACAAGACCUUCCAGUAGCGAUUAUAUCCGUUGCUGGGCCAUUUCGUAGAGGAAAGUCGUUCUUGUUGAACGUGUUAUUGCAGUAUUUAAUGGAAAAUCAGUCGCAAAAAUGGCAUAAAAAUGGAGACAAAAAAAUACCAAACGUUUUUCAUUCGCGCGGAGGAUCAGAAAGAAACACUGUUGGGAUUCACAUCACAAACAAACCUUUUAUGUUGGAAACAAGCGAUAAGAAGAAAGUGGCCGUGUUUUUGAUGGACACACAAGGAAUGUUCGACACCAAAACAGGAGCCAAAGAUUGCUCAACUAUAUUUGCUUUGAGCACUUUACUAAGUUCUGUACAAAUAUACAACCUUACUGCUCAGAUUCAAGAGAAUGAUCUUCAACAGUUGGAGGUUUUUACAAGUUACGCUAGAUACGCAGCUGAAAAGAAACAGCAUGCCAAUGCAUCGUCUCCUCCCUUUCAGGGUCUUAUUUUUCUGAUUCGAAACUGGGAAAUGACGGAUUUUGACAAUGGAAUUAAAGGGGGUAAAAAGUAUUUGAAAACAGUAACAGAAGUUCAAUUGGAAGAGAACAGAAUGGUGCGACAAAAUUUGAAAACUUCAUUUUCCCAAGUUAGUUGUAGUCUGAUGCCACAUCCAGGAAAAACGGUCGCUUUGCGAAAAGCGAAAGAUGACAGUGCGAUUUCAAUUUGUGAUAUAGACAAAGAAUUUUUAGAAACUGCCGACGGCUUAGCAAAACAAUUGUUCAAGAGGGAAAAUGUGCUUGUAAAGAAACUUAAUGGUAUCACAAUCACUGGCGAAGGUCUCAUCGAUCUGGCAAUCGAAUAUACAAAAAUACUUAGCAGUGGUGAAAUGCCCAAAGUGAUAAAUUUACUUAAAGCAAACGAUCGGGUAGAAUUUGUGAGAAAUAUUGAAGUGUUUAUUGAUGAAUAUCGUAAAGACAUGCUUAAUAAGGUAGGGGAAGUUUACCACGAUCCUGAAGCAUUGAAACGAAUGAAUGAAGUCCAUCUUGCAAACGCGGUGGCUAAAUUUGAAGAGCAUGAUAAAGUGGAUGAUGAGACAAGUUCAAUUUACAAAGAAAAGUUGGAAACUGGAAUAAGAAGAGUUUUUCUGGAGAUUCAGGCAGAAAAUAAUACAAGAAAGGAAAAGGUUAAAAUUCUAAUUUUCGAGGCCGCAACAGAAGCAGGAAACGUCUACAAAAAGCAUUUGGAUUCGUACGCCUGCGGCAAAUACAUGGAAAAGUUAGAUAAAGGAGCAGCACAUGCUAAAAGUGAAUCGCUAAAAGCUUUUAAAAAGCUCACACGCCAGUACGACCGGGAUUUGGUUAAAGUAUAUGAAAGGGUGUUCCACUUAGCAGUUGAAGGGAAGCACAAAGAAUUUGAAGCUGAAAAUGGAAAACUAAAGGAAAUCACUGAAAAAGAUCUGGAACUUAUGUUCUCCGCUUUAAAGCGGAAAUAUACACGGAAAAUGAACCAGGCAUUAUCGCACAACAAAACAAGUUCGAAGCUAAAUCAAUCACACGAUGAAGCUUUAUCUCAGGUUUUGCAAGAAUACAAUGAUACUGAGAUUGGGAGGGAAACGGAAUACAAAGUUGCAAAAGAAAAAGUUUUAAAACAAGAGUUACUCGAACAGUUUUAUAACUACAAGAAAAAGUAUGACGAAAUACUGGACAGUGAUAUCUCAGCUGUGGUUCAACAAGCAAAAUGUAGAUACGUGGAGUGCAUACGAACGUUAAGUCGCGACAAAUACAUGGAAGAAGAUGAAAUAUCUUUAGCUCAUAAUCAAGCUGUCAGUGCUGCCAUGGAAGUUUUGGUUAAUGUUGAACAAACUAGGGGAGUGGAGUUUGCACAGUCGUGUAAAAUAAAAAUUAAAACACUGAUGGAUUGCGAGAAGAAGUCACUCGACAUCACUAAUGAUUUCCACAAGAUGCGAGCCGAAAACCAGUUUUUCCAGAACAGAAAAGCUAUGGAGAAGCAAUACUUUCAAGCUAUUAUGGUAUUAAAUGGCAAAUAUAUGGAAGAAAAUGAGCUUCAGCUAAAACAUAAUAAGGAGAAAGAAACUGCAAUGCAAACAUACCGUGGUUUUAAAACUCCACCAAACAAGGAAUUUCAAGAACACGAGAAAGCUUUGGAGCUCGAGAUUCAACAAAUGUUUGAAAAGGCGAAGGAAAACAACUCUCAAUUAGAGGCCAAUAUGAACAAGAAACUAGAUGUCUUCUACAACGAGUUGUCGACUGAUUAUUUCCAUAUAAUGUGUCGCGUAUCUCGCAAACGGUUUGCAACCAACAGUACACUUGAAUGGGCGCAUGAUGAGUUCAUACGUUUAGUGAAAAAUGAAAUGGAAGACGCACUGCCUUUUGCAAACAUCCGUCAAAGGGCAAUCGAAACAUGUGAAAAAAAUCUAAGCGAGCAUCUGCUAGAUAUUAAAAAGACGACAAACGUUCUGUGGAAUGCUGUGUCUGAUGGUGUGAGUGGGGUCGUCGGUGCUUUUGUUAUGCGCAAGACACCUGUUAAGUUCAACGUAAAGGCUGGCGAUCUGGUGUCGAUUAAAUACCUUCGAAGCAUGUAAACAAACUGCACACGACAAGUACAGAUAUUUAUAAGCGUAAUUGCUCUUAUCUGUUGAAUUUGCAAUGCGCGUAAAUGUGUUACUGUAGGUAUACCCUAUAUUAUUAUAUUUAUUAAUUCGUAGUGUGUCGUUAUUUGAUAGUAAUAGAUUGUACAUAACAAAAAUAUAUUCGUUUUACCACAAAA